CAGCUUCCAAACCCAUCCAGAAACUACCAACAUAUAUGCAAUUACGCUUCUCUACCACUCCACAAUUUUCUUUAUUUGAUUACACUUUUGGUUCAAUCGCUGCUCAGCAUCCUCUUUCGACCUUUCCAAUCCCUUCCUUCUUUCAGUCGUCCCGUCCGUGCUUUUCAACACAUUCAGGCACGUGUAAUGGUAUAGCAUUAACGAUAGGAAGCCAUAUGAUGACUGCUGCUGCAGUUAUUGGACUUAGUGCUGGGAAAAGGCUCCUGAGUUCCUCUUAUUAUUAUUCAGACCACACAGAAAAGCUAUCCUGCAGCAGCCAAUACGGGUCGCCACACUGUCAGGCUAUAUCUAGAAAUGUUAUCCGGUCAAAGAAGUCAUCUUAUAAUGACACUAGCUUCUUAUCCAAUCGCCAGUUGCAGUCCAUCAAAGCUCUUAAAGAACAUGUUGCCACUGCUUCAGAAGCUUCAAGUGCAGAGACGUUUUUCCAAAGAAUGGACAACUUAAGGAAGGACAUCGGGGAUCCUGAAUAUUCCCUGGAGGCUCUACUUUUGUUACAGAAGUCUAUGCUAGAAAAGCAAUGGAAUCUUUCUCGCGAGGGAUGUGUGCUAGAGACUACGAGAGAAAGAACUUCCAGGAAGGGGCAGAUUACUUCUUCAGGGACAUAUGCUCGGCAACGCAGAGCAAUUGUGAGAAGAAAAAAACAAAACAGUUCUAUAAUGCAACCUAGUGUAAAUCAGUUGAGGUCCGACAUUGAUCCAGAGUUGCUUAAGAAACGUUUGAAAGGGUAUGUGAAGGGAGUAAUAAGUGAAGAGUUGCUCACUCAUCCAGAAGUAGUUCAACUAUCAAAAAUAAUUAAAAUUGAGAUUUACUUGGAACAACAGAAGUUAAGGUUGAAGGAAAGAUUAGGAUGUGAGCCAUCUGAAGAGCAACUUGCUACUUCCCUAAUGAUUUCUCGUGCUGAACUGCAAUCAAAAUGGAUAGAGUGCUCUUUAGCAAGAGAAAAGCUGGCAAUGAGUAAUAUUCGUCUAGUCAUUUCUAUUGCUAAGAAAUAUGACAACAUGGGUGCUGAAAUGGAUGACCUUGUCCAGGGUGGCUUGGUUGGACUACUUCGUGGAAUUGAGAAGUUUGAUGCUUCUAAGGGGUUCAAGAUUUCUACUUAUGUUUAUUGGUGGAUACGUCAGGGUGUUUCAAGGGUAUUAGUUGAGAACUCUAGAACAUUAAGAUUGCCUACUUAUUUAUAUGAAAGGAUUGGUUUGAUACGCAGUGCAAAGACAAAAUUAACAGAGAAAGGCAUUGUUCCAUCUAUUGAUGAAAUUGCAGCAUACCUGAACAUGUCUCAAAAGAAAGUGAGGAAUGCGACAGAGGCGAGUAGUAAACUCUUGUCACUCGACAGACAGGCAUUCCCCUCAAUAAAUGGUCUUCGAGGAGAAACACUUCAUAGCUAUAUUGCAGAUAAUCAACCGGAUAACAUCCCAUGGAACAGAAUAGAUAAAUGGGCUCUCAAGGAUGAAGUAGAAAAGCUAAUUAAUACAACACUAAGGGAGAGGGAGAGGGAGAUUAUCCGUCUCUAUUUUGGACUUGACAAUAAAUGUCUUACCUGGGAGGAUAUUAGUAAAAGGAUAGGGUUGUCUAGAGAAAGAGUGAGGCAAGUUGGACUUGUUGCUCUUGAAAAACUAAAGCAUGCUGCUCGAAGAAAAAAGAUGGAGGCCAUGCUGCUAAAGCACUGAUUUAUUUAGUGUUGAAGAAGAUAUAGCAUGUAAAUAAAUAUGAGCAAAAAGAAAUGAUUGGUCGGUUCUACAUUGACAGAACUUGGAGUCAAAAAGAUUGUAGAACCAUCAUCUAUACAAUACAAUACAUAGUUAUGUAAAAAUGUAAUGAGACAGGGUUGAAGCACAAUUAUUUGAACUGCUUACACCCUACCAAAUGUUAAAUAUAAAUACUGCACCUUUGCUGUGGUCAGAAGAAUUGUAUUUAUAUUAGUUACUCAACAACUGUUCCAAAGUGUUUUCAUUGAUUUC